AUGAGACCUUCGCCGAAAUUCUCGAGGAGGACCUCCACCAACGACAGCGCUCUGGGUCGAAAGAAGUGUGGCCACGAAUUCAAAGCAUACGGCUCCUCCACUCCAUUCCAACUCGAAGCCGCCCGGAGUGCUGAUUCCAGAAAAAUGAGUCGUCCUCGGUACACGCACUUUCUGUACCGAGGUCUCCUUUUGCGACCUGGCAGAUCGCUUUGCAUCGCACUGGUUAUUUGCAUUCACCUUCGUCGCGGACACGGAUUGGCUCUCACAAACCACGACCAUGAGAAUACUGGUGUCGAGUUCUCCCGGCAGCUUUGCUACACAGACGAUAACACCACGGCCAGCUGCGAGCAUGAGACUAGUGGAGAUUGUGCUGUUGGAGGACGAGACUCAAGCCAACGACCGGAUCGGCCAUGGGCUCCAAGGACAACUUCGCAGGGAACCGGGAACACCGGCAGCACCGAUGCUGAUACGGACGUCGUGAUCAAGGGCAAAGAGAACCGACGACGUCGCACGCCUUCGGGGCUACGGACAGGGCAUUUUUGGCUACGAUGGGCAGGAAGGACCGGGAUCUGGCUAUGGCGAGGGAUGGACACAGACAAGAUUAAAUGGGAGAGCGCCGCGCAACAGGCUCGAGCAAGAACGCAUCGAAAACAAGAACGAGACGAGCAGCGACGGAUUCAGCAAGAGCGCAGAGAAGCGACACCCAAGAGACACCCAAGACACACCCAAGCGUCCAACGCCGAAGUCUCUUUCUUCAAGAGUGCACAGCCCUACGACAGUCUUCCAGGAAGGACCACAUCUGUCACUGGGGUCGCUGCCAUCGAACAGUAUCUCAUCGAGCAGCCGCGUCCACUCAGUUUCACGGGCAUUACCGCAGCGCCGCUGGAUGGCCUACUGCCGCGAUGUUUCACCUCUCCAGAACAUGAGAGACUACGCUCCUUCUGCACGGACAGCGUUCAUCCUUCUGAUGCCCCUGACGACCCUCAAAUAAAAACGCCGCUGAACCGCAUGCCCGCAGAAUUUGGGUCUUCGCUACCUGACAGCAUAGCUGACCUCCACGAGAUUGAUACCCAAAGAGGAUUUACCUGUUCGUUCUCAGAACUUGGAACCUCAAGUACCGACAGUGAGACCGCAUUUGGGAGAAGGAGAGUCCACGAGCUUCCCGUGCCAAUUCUACCCACUACAACCACAGUGAAUGACUUCACACGGGCCAUUAAAGCUCAGCGCACGAAGACAACCCCGAAGACGGGAAUGGUAGACCCAUCGACACACCCACGACACUACCGCGGACUUCAAGUCUCCGAGCGUUAA